AUGAAACCCUCCCACCUCCUCCCCCUCGUCCCCCUCGUCCCCCUCGUCGCCGCAGUCGACAUGACGCCCUACAAACCCUCCCCCGACGUCGACGCCGCCUUCGCCGCCUUCGUGGAAGAAUACUACCUCACCUCGGAAGACAAGAACGCCACAACCACCUUCACGGACUUCUGGCCCGCCGACAACGGCCAGCUCAUCAUCGCGGGACGCACCUUUUCCGGGUCUGCCGCGAUGCUGGGCGUGAAGCAGUCGCUGCUGCCGCCCGCGGGGAACAAGUCGUGGUGGCACCUGAUCCGCGGCGCGAGCGUGGCGGGCGAGAGCGGCGAGAGCAAGACCUUCGUGGCGGAUAUCGUGAUCCAGACGACUGGCAACGCGAGUUUCACGAUUCUGAAAGACGAACAGGGUUCGCCGAGGCUGGAGCCGCAUUCGGGGAGUUUGAGCGUGUAUAACCUCACAGUCUCGACGACGGACUCGCCGACGGAUAUCCCGUGCAGUUCGUCAUGA